AUGAUUGAAUGGAUAUUGAGCUUCAUUGUGGCAUUGGUUGCUGCAGCUGUCGCAACAGUGUAUAUCUUUUUUCCUUGGUUAAAAUAUGAUAUCAAACUCAUCCUCGCAACAAAAAACAUUAUCACGGAUAUUGAAAGACGAGUAAAACAGAAAGAACUUAUCAUUGAUACGUUUGAAUCUACCGUUAAAAGUAAUGGGGAAAAAGCAUUCAUUGUCUACAAUGAUGAGAAGUAUACGUAUAAAUAUGUAAACCAGCAAGCUGAUAAGGUUGCAAAUUUGUGCUUGAAUUUUGGACUAAAGAAACGGGAAACGGUUGCUAUUAUGAUACAGAAUGAACCAGCCUUUCUGUGGACGUACUUAGGUUUACAGAAAUUAGGGAUAAAAGUGGCAUUGAUCAAUUAUCAUUUAAGAAAGAAAGCUUUGUCUAAUUCCGUUAUUUGCUGUCAAUCUAAAGCUUUGAUUGUUGGACAAGAAGCAGUUGAAGAAAUAGCCGAUGAUAUUAAAGACGUUACUAUACUAGUUCAGAAUGAUACUAAGAAAUGUGGAAAUUUUAAAUCAUUCAAUGAAUUAUUGAAGAAUGUUGAAAGUGUUCCUGUAGAUCCCAGCAUCAGAGAUGAUUUACAUGUUAAAGAUGUCUCAUCAUUUGUUUUUACUUCAGGCACAACAGGGUUUCCUAAACCAGCAACAGUUAGUAUGUUAAGAACCAUUGCUUCCAUCGGUGCCUUUUCUAUUUUUGGUAUAAAUGAAAAUGAUAUCUUGUAUGAAACAUUACCACUUUAUCAUGCUUCUGCUUUGCAUUUGGGAGUUCUCAAUGUUAUUAAUAAAGGUGCUACCCUUGUUUUAAGAUCCAAGUUCUCAGCCUCUGCUUUCUGGGAUGAAUGUAGAAAGUAUGAUGUUACCAUUAUACACUAUAUUGGUGAAUUGUGUAGGUAUCUGGUAGCCAAGCCAAAGUUAGAAAGUGAUGGUAAAAAUCACAAGAUAAGAGUAGCUGUUGGUAAUGGUUUACGACAAGACAUCUGGCAAGAAUUUCAACAACGGUUUCAAAUACCUCAAAUAUUAGAGUUUUAUGCUGCUACUGAAUCACCCAUUGCCUUUCAAAAUAUUUUUAAUAAAGUAGGCAGUUGUGGAAGGUGUUCUCCUUUAUUGAGGAAAUUGAAUAAAGUAAUAUUUAUCAAAUUUGAUCCAUCAACGCAACAGCCAUUACGCAAUUCCAAUGGACAAUGUAUUUUAUUAGAUAAAGAUGGAGAGGGUUUAAUGUUGGCACCAGCUAAAGGUUCUAUACCAUUUGAAGGUUAUUAUAACAGGCCAGCAGAUACCGAGAAGAAGAUUAUUAAAAAUGUUAUAUCAGAAGGAGAUAUGUAUUAUAACUCUGGGGAUAUAUUUUAUAUUGAUAAGGAAUAUUUCUUAUAUUUUAAAGACAGAACUGGCGAUGCUUACAGAUGGAAGGGAGAGAAUGUAUCAUCUACUGAAGUAUCAGGCAUAGUCAAUAAUUUAGAUUUUGUACACGAUACAAAUGUUUAUGGUGUUACUGUACCAGGAUGUGAGGGUAAGGCUGGAAUGGCGGCAGUUCAUCUGAAAGAGGGUGCUUCCGUCCGCCCGGAACACAUUCAACAGAUAAAUAAACACUGUAAUGAACAACUUCCGACUUAUGCACGACCGAGAUUUUUACGUUUUCAGAGACAAAUGAGUUUGACCAGUACAUUCAAACAACAGAAAGUCGAUUUGGUUGAAGAAGGUUUCAAUCCGAAUAGAAUAGACGAAGAAGUAUAUUACUAUGAUACUAAACAAAAUGAAUUUAAACCGUUAGAUAACAAUGUUUAUCAAGACAUUAAUACCGGAAAACUUCAACUUUAA